AUGCUCCGCGUCGCGCAGUCGGUCGUCAAGACCCGUCGCGUGCCGCUGUACAAGGCCAGCGGCCACCGUCUCCUCGUGUCGGCGCGGGAGAAGGCAAUGCAAGUGGACCGCCGCAACGUCCCGCGCUUCGAGACGCCUGCCGUGCUCGAGUUCGAAGACGGCUCGCGCUUCCACGGCGUCUCGUUCGGGGCCAAGAAGUCCAUGGCGGGGGAAGUCGUCUUCACGACGGGCAUGGUAGGCUACCCCGAGGCGCUCACGGACCCGUCGUUCAAGGGCCAGCUCUUGAACAUGACGUUCCCGAUGAUUGGCAACUACGGCGUGCCCGACACGACCGCCCUGGACGACAUUGGGCUGCACAAGUACAUCGAGUCGGACCGCAUCCACGCUGCAGGCGUCAUCGUCCAAGACUACUCGAGUCACUAUAGUCACUGGAACGCUGCGCAGUCGCUCUCGGAGUGGCUCGAGAACGAAGGCAUCCCGGGUAUUGCUGGCGUCGACACGCGGGCUAUCACCAAGAAGAUCCGAGCCCACGGCGCCAUGGCUGGCCGCAUUCUCAUCGAUGGCUGCUCCGACACGCCGCAUCUCGUGGACGUGAACGAGACGAACCUCGCGUCGCUCGUGUCGACCAAGGAGGUGGUCACGUACGGCAAGGGCAACCCACUCAAGAUCUUGGCUGUUGACUGUGGGAUCAAGUACAAUAUCAUCCGGGAACUCGUGAAUCGUGGCGCUGAAGUCAAGCGCGUGCCAUGGAACCACGACAUCUCGUCAGAGAUUGGCUGGUACGACGGUCUCUUUAUCUCGAACGGUCCUGGCAAUCCAGCGAUCAUGAAGGAGACGACGGCGCAGCUUCAAAAAGCUAUGGCACUGCAAGGCGACAAUGUCAAGCCUAUCUUUGGCAUCUGUCUUGGCAACCAGCUGCUCAGUCUUGCGGCAGGUGCUAAGACGUACAAGCUACCGUACGGCAACCGUGGCCAGAAUCAGCCCGUACACAAUUUGAAAACAGGGCGAUGCUACAUUACUGCCCAAAACCACGGCUUUGCAGUGGACGGGAAGACGUUGCCAAGCGAGUGGGAGGAGCUUUUCGUGAACCUCAACGACGGCACGAACGAAGGCAUUAUCCAUAAGUCGAAGCCGUACUUCACGGCGCAGUUCCACCCAGAACACGCAGGUGGUCCGACUGACACGCAGUUUCUGUUUGAUACGUUCCUCGAUGCCGUGCGCGUGAAGGAAAAAGGACCGAUCAAGAGCUUGGUGCAGCGCCCAGAAGUGAAGCGUGUCAAGGUGAAGAAGGUGCUGGUACUUGGAUCUGGUGGUCUGUCGAUUGGCCAAGCCGGUGAAUUUGACUACUCUGGUUCGCAAGCUAUCAAGGCGUUGAAGGAGGAGAACAUUGAGACAAUCCUGAUCAACCCGAACAUUGCAUCCGUGCAGACGAACAUUGACCGCUCCAGCGAGGCUCAAGCCAGCAAUGUGUAUUAUUUGCCGGUCAACCCUGACUUUGUAGAACAAGUUAUUAAGCGUGAACGCCCCGAUGGCAUUCUCAUCUCGAUGGGUGGUCAAACUGCAUUGAAUUGUGGUAUGGAGCUCGACAAGCGUGGUGUGUUCAAGAAGUAUGACGUCAAAGUGCUUGGUACGCAAAUUGAAGUGAUCAACUACACCGAAGAUCGUGAGUUGUUCAACGGCAAGCUGGCAGAGAUCAACGAGUGCAUUGCUCAGAGUGAGGCGGUCGAAUCGGUUGAUGCUGCGGUGAAGGCUGCGUACAAAAUUGGUUUUCCGGUGAUGAUCCGCUCAGCGUUUGCGCUCGGUGGUCUUGGCUCGGGUAUCUGCGACGACGAGGCUCAUUUGCGCACGAUGGCAAAGCAGGCCUUUUCAGGCAGUCCUCAGAUUCUGGUGGAGCGGUCGAUGAAGGGCUGGAAGGAAGUCGAGUAUGAGGUGGUGCGGGAUGCCGCGGACAACUGUCUGACCGUCUGUAACAUGGAGAACUUCGACCCGCUGGGCAUUCACACGGGCGAGUCGAUUGUAAUCGCGCCUUCGCAGACUUUGUCGAACAACGAGUACCACAUCCUGCGUGAGACUGCUUUGAAGGUGGUGCGUCAUCUCGGCAUUGUCGGCGAGUGCAACAUCCAGUACGCGCUAAAUCCCGAGUCGGAGGAGUAUUGCAUCAUCGAGGUGAAUGCACGUCUGUCACGUUCAAGUGCUCUAGCGUCAAAGGCGACGGGCUACCCGCUUGCUUUUGUUGCCGCUAAGCUUGCACUGGGUAUGAACCUGCCGGACCUGAAGAACUCCGUGACCAAGAGCACUACUGCUUGCUUCGAGCCUUCGCUCGACUACUGUGUCGCUAAGAUGCCUCGUUGGGAUCUUGCCAAGUUCGAGAACGUGAGCACUGAGAUUGGUUCGUCCAUGAAGAGCGUUGGUGAGGUGAUGUCAAUCGCCCGUACUUUCGAGGAAGCGAUUCAGAAGGCGAUUCGUAUGGUGGAGCCGUCCAACGAGGGCUUUGAGCCACGAUACGACGAACUUUCGCAUGAGGAGCUGGUGAAGGCUCUGGGCAAGCCCACGGACCGUCGCAUCUACCAGAUCGCCCAGGCGUUGAAGACUGGCCAGCUGUCUAUCGAGCAAGUUCACGAGAUCACCAAGAUUGACACUUGGUUCCUUAGCCGUCUGCAGGCCAUUUGUGAUUGCGAUGUGAACCUUACUGGCAAGAAGUUGCACGAGAUCACGGGUCCGGAGAUCGUUAGUGCAAAGAAGCUUGGUUUCUCGGACCGUCAGCUUGCCCGCAUGUUCAGCUGCUCUGAUGAAGAGGUGCGCGCUAAGCGUAAGGAGCUUGGCAUCGUUCCGUCGGUGAAGCAGAUCGACACUCUCGCUGCAGAGUACCCGGCUCAAACCAACUACCUGUACAUGACGUACAACGGCACGGAGCACGACGUGCCUGCACUGGAACCCAAUGAUGGUGUGAUGGUCCUAGGCAGCGGCGCCUACCGCAUCGGCAGCUCCGUCGAGUUCGACUGGUGUGCCGUGAGCUGCAUCCGUACCUUGCGCAAGCUGGGUCAUCGCGCAGUGAUGCUUAACUACAACCCCGAGACGGUCAGCACGGACUACGACGAAUGCGAUCAACUGUACUUUGAGGAACUGUCGAAGGAGCGCGUGAUGGAUGUGAACGAUCGUGAGGGCGUUCGGGGCGUUGUAGUGUCUGUGGGUGGACAGAUUCCAAACAACCUUGCGCUCCCGCUGCACAAGGCCGGCGUAAAGAUCUUGGGCACACACCCGACGAUGAUUGACAGCGCUGAGGACCGCUUCAAAUUCUCCAAAUUGAUGGAUGCGGCUGGUGUGCCCCAGCCUGCGUGGAAGGAGUUGACGAACCACACCGAUGCUCGUGAAUUUGCUGAGCGUGUGGGCUACCCUGUGCUCGUACGUCCUUCGUACGUGCUAAGUGGUGCUGCCAUGAAUGUAGCGUACAACUUCGAGGAGCUCGAAAAUGUGCUGAACCAAGCUGUUGCUGUGUCUGCGGAGCACCCCGUCGUGAUCACGAAGUUCGUUGAAGGCGCCAAGGAGUUAGAGCUGGAUGCUGUGGCCAGGAAUGGCAAGGUGAUCGCUGCUGCAAUUUCGGAACAUGUAGAGAACGCCGGUGUGCACAGCGGGGAUGCUACAUUGGUGCUACCGCCCGUGGAGGCCAGUGCGUUUUACACGAACCAGAUCAAGCGCAACGCUGAGAAGAUUGCGAAGGCGCUGAACAUCUCAGGGCCAUUCAACGCGCAGUUCCUCGCUAAGGGCGCAGAGGUUAGCGUGAUAGAGUGCAACCUGCGUGCCUCGCGUUCGUUCCCGUUCGUGUCAAAGACGACGGGUGCGGACUUCGUCAACGCUGCCACCAAGGUGAUGGUAGGCGAGUCGACGGACAACGACAAUUUGCCAGCCCUUUACGGCCCCAAGCGUCCAGAGGGCUUUGUUGGCAUCAAGUCGCCGAUGUUCUCGUACACGCGUCUUGGUGGCGCGGAUCCAUUGCUUGGUGUCGAGAUGGCUUCGACGGGUGAGGUGGCUUGUUUUGGCAAGAACCGUCACGAGGCAUUCUUGAAGGCCCUGAUCUCGUCGAACAUCAAGUUGCCGGAGAAAAACAUCUUGCUGUCCAUGCAAGACAAGUUCUCAGAAGAGUUCGUGCACGCUGCCUACCAGAUGCACGAGCUAGGAUACAAGCUGUACACGACGAAGAAGACGCACGCGUACCUGGAGAAAUACGACAUCCCGUCGACCGCGGUGGAUUUUCCGUUGGACGCCGACAGCGAGAACAACGUGCUGAACCUGAUCCGGGACGGCAAGAUCGAUCUAGUGGUGAACCUGCCCAACAACGAGAGCCAGCAGACGAAGAACAACUACCUCAUCCGCCGUACGGCUGUCGACUUCUCCAUCCCGCUGCUGACGAACAUCAGCCUGGUGCAGCUGUUCGUAGAGGCCAUGACUGUCCACAAGAACCAGCCGCUGCUUGGCCUGGAGCCUGACAGUCUGUUCGACUACUACGAGCGCGAGAAGAAGGACGAGGUGUGGACUGACGAGCACGAGUUCCACUGA